GCGGGGCUAGCCGAGCCCCACUGUUCCGGUUACUGGUUACCGACGGGGGCGGACUGCGCGCCCGGCUCCUGGGAACGCGGCGUGCCCCUCUCCUGCUGCAGAUCCGCCGCGAUCGCCCCGCGCGGUGCCAUGGCGCGCCCGACAGUCUGCCUCUCCUUGCUUCUGGCCGUCCUCCUGCGGCUCGGGCCGUGCUCGGCCCACACGCCGGCCAACUGCACCUUUGAAGACCUGGAAGGCACCUGGGUCCUCCAGGUGAGGAGCGGGCAGGGGGCCCUGAGCCGGCAGAUCAAUUGCUCCGACGUGGGUCCCGUGGAGAAAAAAAUAACUGUUCAUCUUCAGAAACUUGACAUCGCUGAGGACGAUCAAGGGAAUUACGGCUUUUUCACCAUCAUUUACAACCAAGGCUUUGAAAUUGUCUUGAAUAACUACAAGUGGUUUGCAUUUUUUAAGUAUAAAAAAGAUGGCUCUACUGUAACAAGUUACUGCAACGAGACUCUACCAGGCUGGGUGCAUGAUGUCCUGGGCCGUAACUGGGCAUGUUUUACUGGAUACAAGGUCUCCUCUUCAGGUUCCGAAGUUCACGUACAUCAGCUGCCUCCUUGGAAAAGCUCUAGAAUAGUUCAACAGAAGCCCCACGUGACCAGCUACGACUUUGUGAAAGCCAUCAAUGCUGUUCAGAAAUCAUGGAGAGCAACUGCCUACAAGGAAUACGACAGGCUUACUUUAGAAGAUCUCACUCGGAGAGCUGGUGGGAUAAGUUCCAAAGCUCCAAGACCAAAACCUGCCCCUCUGACCUCUGAAAUAAUCAAAGAGGCUUCCAGUCUGCCAGAAUCCUGGGACUGGAGAAAUGUGAAUGGUGUGAAUUACGUCAGCCCUGUACGAAACCAAGGCUCCUGCGGCAGCUGCUAUGCAUUUGCUUCAAUGGGCAUGCUGGAAGCCAGGAUUCGUAUCCUCACCAAUAAUUCUCAGGCUCCAACACUGAGCCCCCAGCAAGUUGUUUCUUGCAGUGAAUACUCCCAAGGUUGUGAUGGUGGAUUCCCUUAUCUUAUUGCUGGAAAAUACACGCAGGAUUUUGGCAUAGUUGAAGAGGCAUGCUUUCCUUAUAAAGGCAUGGAUUCCCCCUGUAUUUUUAAGAAUGACUGUUACCAUUACUACGCCUCCAACUACUAUUAUGUUGGUGGGUUUUAUGGUGGGUGUAAUGAAGCCUUCAUGAAACUGGAGCUUAUUAAGCAUGGACCGAUGGCUGUUGCUUUUGAAGUCUAUAAUGACUUCAUGUACUACAAGGGGGGGAUCUACCACCACACAGGUCUGAUGGACCCUUUUAACCCUUUUGAACUGACUAAUCAUGCUGUUUUGCUUGUGGGUUAUGGCAGAGAUCCACAUACUGGUGAGCACUUCUGGAUUGUGAAGAACAGCUGGGGAACCUCUUGGGGCGAGGAAGGUUAUUUUCGGAUCCGGAGAGGCACUGAUGAAUGUGCUAUAGAAAGCAUAGCAGUGGCCUCUACACCUAUACCUAGCAUAUAGCUGUGGAAUUAUUUCCAAAGACCUCUGCCCGGAGAGCAAGAGUGUCCAUCCUAGAAGUGCAAUGGAUGAUCAUGUAAUGAUCUGUGGGAAAGACCUUGGGAGACUGGGCAAAGAGACGCUGCCAAGGGAACAGUCAGAUAAGAGAUAGCAUAACCCGCA